CAUCGUUCGGACUACCUCUAGUUUUAUCCUACAGAUCGAAUGUCCUUGACCCCUGUAAUAUAAUUAUUGAUAUGACAAUAUUAUAUCAUACCUUUUGAGGGAAAAUAAUCUAAAGAGAAUGGAAACCUCUAUAUAAAAGUAGGAUGUGAUUAACUUGCUUCGAGCAGAAGCUGAAAAUCAAUACAGAUCUUUCAAAAGAAACCAUUAGAUACCAAUAACAAUCAAACCAUGGACUGGAAUAGAGGAGGAUCACAUUGUAUCAUGAAUGUUGGUGUCAACAGCAUGUGUAGUAACCUUGGUUACUUAGAAGAUGGGGAAUAUAUCACAUCAGAUGAUUGUGAAGAUACAUUGAUAGAACUUUUAAAGAACCUUCAAGAAGAAAACCCCAUACAGAGAGCAUACAGGAGGCAGCUAUGUUUCUCCAGAAUCAUAGAAUUGGAUAUCAUUCCACUGAUAAAAUAUGUCAGAGACCAACCAGAGAUAUUCAGUGCUGCAAUAAGGUUGCUUGCCUCACUGAUCCAACCAGUUGAAUGCCUGAUAUUAGGUAUACCUGUUGAUGUUACAUUGCCAUGGGUUCCUGAUGUGAAGAGAAUGCUAUUUACCACAAGAAAGCUGUGUAAUGAUAAAGACUUGAUUCAAGCUAUUGUUACAGAGAUUAUGACAGUUAUCACUGAUCAUGAUGGGCAGCCAAUGCCAGAAGAAACCUGUGACUUUAUCAACAAGUGUCUGCUAGUGUUCAGAAAUUUGCUAUACAUACAAAACAUUGAAACCAAUCCUAACCAGGAGAUUAUAGUACUGUAUUUACUUGAAUGUGGUUUAGGUGAACUGAUAAACAGAGUAGUUACCUUACCCCAAAGAGAAUAUUGGUGUGCUUCCAUUAUACAGUUGGUAUCCCUGAUGUAUACUAGACAGACACUGGAUAUUCUGAAACCCUGUCUGAGCAUUGAUACAUCUGACGAAGAAAGUUUGUCAGAAUAUGAAGACAGAGAGCAUGACUUUUUACCAACGACAGCUAUGUGUUACAAUGAUGAAGAUGAUAAGACGUCAUACACUGCCUCAUGUUCAUUGCCUGGAUUAUUUGGCAAAACACUUCAUAUGGAUGAAUCAGGUGUCACUGAUUUGGAUACUGGACAGCUUGAAAGUCCAGAGACACAGGGUGGUCAGGAAAACACAGAAGAGGAUAUGCUGACUGAAGAUUUAUCCGAGGAAGAUAAAGUUGAGCAUUUGAGGUCACUCCUGUUGCAGUUUACCAAUGAUUUUAUUAUUAACUGUUUUGGAUUCUUGGUGCAUGAUUUGAAGAAUGUUUUAAUCUCAGAUGUAAAGGAUAAUUUAGAUGAAACAUACUUCCUGUGGGCAAUGGCAUUUUUCCUAAAAAUAGCUCGAAAAGAAAAUUUGCCAUUUAAAGUCAUAAGGUUGGUUUUGAAGACGGAAUUGUUUGGUUUUCUGACUUAUCAAGGAGUGGUAUUGACAGAACAACUUCUGAUAGCACAGAAAAAGAAAAAUAAUCUCACUAACAAUAUUAGAAGGCUUCAUCUAACUAUUACUGCACUUAAUGAAAUAUUGAAGACUUUGUUAAAGUACUCAUCAGAUGAAAAUUUAGAGGAAUAUGACAAGGAAUAUUUAGUGGGAUUGCAGAAGGACCUUGCUAAUGUGACAGAGCUUAGAAUGGUGUUUUUCUUACUGAUCAGACAUUAUCAAUCCAAAGAUACAAGUUUAUGUUUCCUAGAGGACUUGAUCAGUACAAAUCAUACAUACCUUUCAUUGUUAGAUUCAUGGGACAGAAAUGGAUGGGUUAUUGACAACUUUAACAUGAUGGAGCAUAUUAAAUUAUAUGCAAAUCGUAACAUCAUGCAGUAUUAUGGUACAAUGCUUGAAAACUUUGAGAAUAACAGAUCUGUGGUGAAUCUGUAUGUGUUUACUAUGAUGCACCAUAUAGCUGGAGAUUGUGAGAAGCCUGAGGUAUUAAUGCAGAUGCCUAUUAUACAAGCUUUAAUGGAAAUUGAUGGUAGCAAAAACUGCAUGACAAAGGAAAUGAUUGACUUGAAGGAGUUUUUGUUGAACAGAUUUGAUAAUCUUACCAAAACUGACCCAUAUGCAGCUGCUAUGGAAUUAUAUGGUAUUCAGGAAAAUAAAGAUCAAAUUAUUGAGGAAAGUGUUAACGAUAUCAGUGGAGUAACAGAUUCUGCAGAGGUGGAUGAUAUGUUGUUUGCAUUAUAUACAGAAUUACAGAACACCAGUGACAUGGUGGAGACAAUGGUAGAGAGGUUUGCUGAAAUAGGGAUCACCAUUACUGCACAACAGGUUUGGUCCAGGCUUUAUGACAAUGGAUUGAUAGAUGAUACUGAAUUCUUUGCAAAUGAGAAAUUAGUGACCGUCAAAGAUGAAAUAGAGAGUAAACUGUUUGACAGUGAAGACAAGGAUGUAAUACAGUGGUGUGUUAAUGCUCUUAAAGAGAAAAAACAGGACGAGAAUCUCAAAUGGAUCCAAACAUUACUGUGUGAAACUGCAUUUGUCAGACUUGGGAAACAGUGUGAAAGAAAUCUUCGUUGUGAAGAACCAGUGACAAUGUUUCAUGUUGUGAAAGGAAGUUCUGUUCCCUUGGUGAUAUAUAAAGAGGAACAAGAGCCAAUAUUGCAUGAUCAACACUUUACUGUACUCUUACACUACCUUGGAUUUCAUACGCCACAGGAUGUGGACAUGAUAUUCCCCAGAAUUCCAAGUUUCUGGACAUCAGAGCAGCUGAUUCAACAAGCAGAAAAACUGGGACCAAUUAGUAAAGAUAUUCUUAAGUUUGAUCCAACAUCUGUGAAAUUUGAAGAUGAACAGUUUACUUUCUCCACCAGAAAGAACGAUACCACAUACAGAAAUUCCAAAGACAUCUCAGUACAACGUCCGAUGACAGGUGGUGGAGACAACAACAUUUUCUGGCUCAAACAGAUUCAACAAUACAACUUAACCAAGCAAAGGACAACUUCAAACUAUGGUGAAUGAAAGAUAUCACACAACGACUUGCCAAUUGGAAGUGAACUAUAUGUAACCUUGUUAAACCUUAAGCUGAUAAUAAAGAUCAGUUACUAAGUGUUGUCCCAUGUGAACUUUUUCUUCUUUUUACUAUCCUGGCGAUAGGAUACAUAUCAUUUGUAUAUUCGGACAACAGGAACAAAUGUUAAAAAGAUGUACUGAAAAUAUCAAGUGUUCAAUACAAAGAAAAUAAUCUAAUGAAAAAUACAAUUUGCAAACAAACUGAAUCAAACAAAUAUCAUGUUGUAAAUUUUAUUUUUCAUUGUAGUGAAUUCAGCAUUUAAAUGUGACUUAUUCUUCAGUGUAAGAGGGAGCAAUUGCUACUUUUAUCUUUUUAUGUGUGAAUAAUUGUGAUCAUUUGACUGGAACUCAGGUGUACCAUGUAAUUGUUUAACCAUUGAUGUUGUUAGGGUAGAAUUAACCAGCUAUGUGUUGUCAAGUGGAGUAAUAUACACAAAACAGAUUUUAUUCAGGAAAAUUAUAGUACAAGGGAAAAUUGCUCAAGUCUCAAGUUGAAUGUUUUAUUUCAAGAUUAGUUCUUUGUUGUUUGCUUAAAAUUCAGCAGCAAAAAAUACAUUAAUAAUGAGGAGAAUUUUGAAUUAAGACCAGUUACUCUUAAUAUGAUAAUAUUAUGAGUAGUAAAAAUAUUGACACCUGUCAUGGAAAUGUGUUUAGUAAUUUUAAGAACAAUAUCUUUCUCCUCUUACAGACCCUAUUCCAUCAACGUGUUUGAUGAGAUGAUUCUGAGAGAAAAUAGAAAAAAAAAAAAAAAAAAUACCGAGAUUAAUCUGGUUUGAAACAAAAAUAUGAUGGGUGCUAUAUGCUAUGAAGACACAUUCAUGACAAUAUGAAUUAUCUUCACUGUGGUGUUAGUAAAUCUCUGGGAAAAAUGGCUAUGUCCUUGCAAUGAUUUCUUACAGAUGUAUAAUAUUGCAUAUUGAAAAAAAAUUGUGUAAACUUACUGACAGAAUUUAGAAUAGCCUAAAUGAUUUCCUGCAUAUUUUGUGAUUUCUCAUCAAAAGACAGUAGUCAAAACUUUGUGAUAUUUUCAUACAUUUCUGACAUCUCAAUCACUUUUGGCCUUUUUUCCUCCAAGCACAAGGCAGUACUGAUGACAUAGAAAUACUGGGUGUCACCAUGUAUGUCCGUCUGUAUGAACAUCUGAAGGAUUCAUAAAAUACUUUUAAAUUUUGAAUUCAAGGGGCCAAAAAAGUGACCUCCUUUAAUUUGAGUCAAAUUUUUUUAAAAGGUUAAAAAAUACUUUUUUAUGUGGUCACAUAACGAUUAGUUAAUUUUAUUAUUUAUACUGUAUAAUUUUAAGUUUUUAAAUUAUUUUAAGGUGUGAAGAUUUGGUUUCAACUGAUUAUUUUUUAACCUUACUCGUACUAGUGCAAUAUUUAAAUAUAUAUAUAUAUAUAUAUAUAUAAAAGGUAUUCUUAAAAAAAUAAUCAGGUUAAUUAAAUUUCAUCAAUUCAUAUUCAAUUCAUUAAGUUUACUGUUCAGCUUAUUGUUCAAGUGAAUAAAUGUUUUGCACACAAUGAAUUUUCUAUUGUAUACUGUGAAGUGGUUAAUUUUCAGGGAUAUUACUGGAGUAAGGGCAAUAAACCCAUAUUUGGCUCCAAAUUUAGUGCAAAUUUUAAAGUCAUCUUGCAUGGUAAAUUAAUAAAUUUGCUGUGGCAAGACUUUAAGGUAAAUAGGUGUUUAGCAGUAAACAAUUACAAAUUAGUAUAAUUUGUAAAAAAUUUUUGUUUUCCUUCAUUUGUAUGAACUUUUGAGUCUAUUUGGAUUAGAAAAGUAUGAUCUCACCAAAAAAUGACUUAAUAACUUUAAAAGAUAUUGAUGUAAUUUUGCUAUGGCCAAUGUUUUCACCAGGAAAUAUGUUGAUGUAAUAUUGCUGUAGCCAAUGUUUUCACUAGGGAAUAUGGAUGGAAAAGUGGAUGAAAUCUGCAUUUUUGUUUAUUUUCGUGAACAAUGUGUAUACUUUUAUGUAAUAAUGACAUCAUAAUUUUGUAAAUAUUUUCUUAUUUGUAUAUCUCUUAAUUUAUGCAUUUUCCUUUAUAAUGAGCAAAUAAGAAUAUAUCUCAAAAACAGAUUUUUCUUGUGCCAAAUAUGGGCCUUAAUGCCCCUUCUUCUCCUUUGGUGAUUUUUAUGACCAAAACCAAACCUAUUCACAAGGAUUUAUUUCUUGCUUUUUUAUUAGUCCCCUACUGACGAAGUCGAAAGGGACUUUAGGUUUGCACUCUGUCCGUCUGUCUGUCCAUCCGUCAGUCUGGCAAGUCAGUUUUCCACACUUUUUUUCUUCGUGCUUGAAGAUAUUGAUCUGAUAUUUGAUAUAUAGUUUUAUCAAGACAAGUUACAGAUCAAGUUCGGAUUUUGUUCCGGUCUGAUGAUUUUUAUCCAGAGUUAUGGUCCUUGGACUUAAAAAAUUCAUUUCCGCACUUUUUUUCAUCAUGCUUGAAGAUAUUGAUUUGAUAACUGGUAUAUACUUUUAUCAGGACAAGUUACAGAUCAAGUUUAAAUUUUGUUCUAGUCUGAUGAUUUUGUGAAGAGUUAUGGUCCUUGGACUUAAAAAAUCACCCUAAUAAUCAGUUUUCUGCCCUUUUUUUGUCAUGCUUAGAUAUUGAUUUGAUAAUUGGUAUAAAGUUUUAUCAUGACAAGUUACAGACCAAAUUCAAAUUUUGUUCCGACCUGAUGAUUUUGUGCAGAGUUAUCGUCCUUGGAAUUGAAAAAUUCACUCAAAUAAUCAGUUUUCGACAGUUUGUUUCGUCAUGCUUAAAGAUAUUGACUUAAUAUUUGAUAUAUAGUUUACACCAUGACAAGUUAUAGAUCAUGGUAGCAUUUUGUUCCAGUACAAUGAAUUUUUAACCGGUAGGGGACUAUGUAUUGCCAUGCAAUACUCUCAGAAUGCUUGUUUUAUAAUGUAUAACCAAAAUUAGAGAAAAUAAACCUGUCUUGAAAAAUUCCCACUUCACAGCAUACCAGAGAUGUUUAAUGUUGAUAUUUGUUGUAAUAAAAAACUAAUAAAUAUAUUAUUCUAAUAAUAAA